AUGCAGGAUGAUCGUUCACUGUCGCGGACCACGGGCUCCGUGGUGCUUCAAGUCGGCGCUUUGGAACUGCUGGCCAGAUAUUCCAUGAAUUCUAACAGGGCCACGAGCAUGCUUUCCUCGUUACACGAAUUCAGAAGUCAGGAAGUCGAACAGUCCGGUGGCAAACAAUGGAACUGGAAAUAUUUGAGGGAUCAAUUUUAUCAAAAAGAUCUGGAAGGACUUUAUAGAAAAUACGAUGACAAGCUGCGGGAAACGUUUAUUUAUAUUUACGUUACUUUACUUGUACUUUUCUCCACUGUACACAUCGUUGUAGUCUUAGCCAGUACUUAUGAUGAGCAAAUUCAAUGGAGAUCAACAUAUCUAUCGAUGGGUAUGUAUGUCUUGAGGAUAGCAGUUCCCGCUCUUUCACUGUGGAAAUGCUUCUAUAGUCCACUAAAAAAGAAAUGUUUCUGGAUGCCUAUAUUUAUUACAUUCGUCAUAACUACCGAUCUGGUUGUAUCGGAUAUAUCAGUGGCAAUAUAUAGUUAUCAUGAAGGUAUUUCUCUGAGGCCGGCAUACGAUUCAAUGGCACUGUUGUCAAUUUAUAUAUUUCUACCAAUGAGGAACAAUAUUUUGGCGAUAUUACUUGGUCUUAUAGUCAGCGUUAUAUACGUCAUCGUCCUCGCUUUGUUUACAUACGACGGCUAUCCGUAUAUCGAAAUAGUGGUGACUUCAGAUAUAAUUUACCUGAUUGGAGUAAAUUUGAUGGGCAUAUAUUUUAGACUGAUGAAUGAAAUAGUAACGAGAAGGUCAUUUUUGGAUAGACGAGCUUGCGUUGAAAGUACUUUACGAUUGAAAUUUGUUAAGGACCAAGAGGAACGUCUCAUGUUAAGUAUCCUUCCUGAGCAUAUCGUCUCUCAAGUUCGACAAGAUAUAAGAGAAAUGUUUUUGGAUAUACAAUCACAGAGCCAUACUCACAAUAUAAAAUCUUUUAAUCAACUAUAUGUUGAGGAGCACGACAAUGUAAGCAUUUUAUACGCUGACGUCGUGAACUAUACGAAGAUUUCAACAACAUUGUCACCAAUGCGGAUGGUAGAACUGCUAAAUGAGUUAUUUGGCCGUUUCGAUGAAGCGUCUGAAGAAUAUGAUGUACUACGAAUCAAGUUUUUGGGCGAUUGCUAUUAUUGCGUUAGUGGUGUACCGAAGCCCAGUAUAUUGCACGCGAAGAACUGUGUUGACCUGGGUCUUGAGAUGAUUAACAUAAUCAAAGACGUGAGAGAAAAGCGUGCUUUAAAUAUUGACAUGAGGAUAGGUGUACAUUCUGGGAAAAUCUUGAGCGGCUUAAUAGGCAUCCGAAAGUGGCAGUAUGAUAUAUGGUCUAAAGAUGUGACGAUUGCGAGUAAAAUGGAAUCAACUGGAAAAGCCGGAAAGGUGCAUAUAACGAAACAAACACUUGAACUGAUAUUGGAUUACGCACGUGAUUAUAUAAUUGAACCAAAUUUUGAAUCUCAAAAUCAUCCCUUCGUGAUGAAAAAUAAGCUUGAGACUUAUUUACUUUCUAGACCACAAAGACCAAUUUCGGAGUAUAAACCGUUUAGAAGAGCCUCGGUGGGAUUCAAUAAGAUAAUUAAUUCGCGAUCACGGUCUAGACGAUCGGAAAAUAGGAAUUCUUCAAACUUUCGCCGGACUACCUUCAUGGACGAGAAUUUAGUCGAGUAUCAGCAAAUGCUGAAAGCGGCAGAUGCACAAAUGGCUAAAGAAAUAGAGGACAUGACGAAUGGAAAAGAUUAUUUCAAGAAGGAGUCAAGUUUCAACAGGAUUACUUUGAUGUACAAAAACUUUGGUUUAGAAAAAUCUUUUCUUCUCUUGCCCGAUCCAUUGUUUAAAUAUUACAUAUCUUGCUGUCUUAUUAUCUUAAUUUUAAUCUUCUUAAUAAACGGUCUGACAACAAAUUGGCUUUACGGAUUUCGUUGGUUUACAUGGGCUAUUUUUGGCGUGACUCGCGGCAACGUCUGUCGUCAAUGUAAUCGCAUGCGUCGAGGCCGAUGUUCAACCUUCAACGGAAACUGUCCUUUCGAACUGUGUUUCUUCUUGGCACGUGACUCAGUGUUGGAGUUUAGCUUUGCUACU